CGCCGCCGGGCCGGCCCCCAGUCAGCAGUCACACACACACACGCACGCACGCACACACACGCACGGCCCCGAGUCAGCACUCACACACACACACACACACACACAUACCGCCCCGAGUCAGCGCACGCACACACACACGCACACACACACCGCCCCGAGUCAGCUCACGCACACACACACACACACACACACACACACACACACACACUCACUCACACGCCCUCGGGGGCGUGGCUCCCGCCCCGGAAGCGCCCGCCGUUGCCUAGGGGACGCCACCGCGCCCGCCGCCUGCCCAACCCCCACCGCGCCCCCAGCCGCCCGCCGGUCCCCGCGGCUUCGCUCCUCCGGGUCUGGCAUCGCUCUCGGCGCGGGCAGUCAGGCCGCGGCUUCCCCGCGUCUCCAGCUCGGGCGAGUCCGUCCACUCCUGCCCCGCAGCCGCUCCUGGGCCGCCAGAUUGACCACAAAGACCAGGUUGCUCUCAAAGCAGCUAAGAGUUGCAUCCUGAUUUUUCUGGACUUCUCUGGCAGCAUGUUGACCCUUUGGAUGUAUUUUCUGAGAUAAUAGCCCAAGAGAAUUUGAUUGGCUGGUGUCCACAGAGAGGAGGACAGUAAGAAGAGAACCUCCAAAGCUCAUUUGUAAAUAUUUGAAUCGCAUUAUGGGAUUGCUAGACAGACUUUCAGGCUUGCUUGGCCUGAAGAAGAAGGAAGUUCAUGUUUUGUGCCUUGGACUGGACAAUAGUGGCAAAACAACAAUCAUUAACAAACUUAAACCUUCAAAUGCUCAAUCUCAAGAUAUAGUUCCAACAAUAGGAUUCAGCAUAGAAAAAUUCAAAUCUUCCAGUUUGUCUUUUACAGUGUUUGACAUGUCAGGACAAGGAAGAUACAGAAAUCUCUGGGAACAUUAUUAUAAAGAAGGACAAGCCAUUAUUUUUGUCAUUGAUAGUAGUGAUAGAUUAAGAAUGGUUGUGGCCAAAGAAGAACUUGAUACUCUUCUGAAUCACCCAGAUAUUAAGCACCGCCGAAUACCAAUAUUAUUCUUUGCAAACAAAAUGGAUCUAAGAGAUGCAAUGACAUCUGUAAAAGUGUCUCAGUUGCUUUGUUUAGAGAACAUCAAAGAUAAACCAUGGCAUAUUUGUGCCAGUGAUGCCUUAAAAGGAGAAGGAUUGCAAGAAGGUGUAGACUGGCUUCAAGAUCAGAUCCAGGCUGUGAAGACAUGAAAAGAUAGUGUUUGGAAACCUCAACAAUUUUCACUCCGAGGAGUAUAUUUGAGGCAAACUAAAUAUAUUUAUAUUUUUUAAAAGAAUUUGUGCAUUUAAGAAUACUUUAUAAUCUUCUGUUUGCGUUUAUGUAUUCUGAAGUUUUUUUUAUGAACAUAGAAUUUCCCAUAUGCUAAUCUGACCAUUUAUUAUAUAAAAACUAAAAUUGUCUACUGGAGAUCUCCACAGACUUAUCAGCUUCUUGAUAAAAAUCAAUGUUUGAUUGUAAUUAGAAUAUUUAAGUCAAAGUUAUAAAGUAUCAUAUCAUAAUAAUUUGUCAUAUAUUUUAUACAUUUUAUUUUUCAAAUUGCCUUUAAACAUUUAGCAUCUAAGAUUUUACAAGAUGAUUAUGCUUAUAAAAAGGAACUUUCAAUAUUUAUAAAGAACUCUGGGUAAAUAAUAUAUAUUAAAUUUUCACAUAUGUGACCAUCAAUAAAAUAUUAAAUGUA